CCCGGCAGAAGCCAUCUCGUUCGGUGGCAGGGACGGGGAGAAACAAAACCCCACACUUGUGCCUUGGUAAAAAGGGGUCCUUUUGGUAAAAGGGGGUCUUUGCAAGGAAAAUGACAGCCGUUGCUUUACUGGAGAUCUCUGCUUGAGACUGGAGCCAGAAUUCCGGUUUUGUGGAGGGUUUUCUUUUUCCGUUUUUGGAUCUUUUCGCCUGUCUUGUGUCUAAGGAGGUCUUACUAAAUCCACCUCUCUCUGUGUGAAUCCGGUUGCUGCUGAGGUGUAAAACCCCCCCCCCCCCCCCCCUUAUUCGUCACCCCGGUUUCCUUCUACAUCUUGAGAUUCGUCUAGCUCUUUUUUUCUGGAGUUGAGAAAGCCGUUGCCCUCCAUCUCUGCUCAACCCCUGAGACAGUUCGGACGCAAGAAAAAAAAAUGUAUUUUCCUUUCCUGGCGGCUUCAAUUUAGUUUUGGGCUGUGUUCUGUUUUCCCUUUUCCUCAUUGCUGAACGACAAUUAACUUUCCCAGCAAAAUGCUUCCACAGAGAGGACAGCUGUAUAUGUUUGUGUCUGGAAUAAGAUGUUGACUAGCUUGCGAAGGCCGUGUAGCACAAAAACAGACAACUCCCCGAGCUUUUUGGUUGCGCGACGGAUUAUCCUGAAGGGAAACUGAAGUGGAUCACCGGCAGUGCGUGAUUGCUCCUUGGCAUGCUUCUUGUAUCCUCGGCACGGGGACUGUCGGAGAUGUUGCAGACGAUUUACGAAACCGAAUCGUGUUUCUCUUCAGAUGGAGUUUCUGGACGCGAACCGUCGCUGGAGCUCCUGUCGCGAGCACAGAUCCAUGGCCUACCUGUGGCAGCUGUGGACUUAAAGCCGGUGCUUCCAGUGGUGAUGCAGAGUUCCUGCAACAGCAGCAGCAGCAACAGCAGCCCGGUGGACUUGCGAAUGGACGCCCGGCCCAGCUUGCCUAGUGUGGACCCUGCAGUCCGGGAACAGCAGCUGCAGCAGGAACUCCUGGCCCUGAAACAGCAGCAGCAUUUGCAGAAGCAGCUGCUCUUUGCGGAGUUUCAGAAACAGCACGAGCAUCUAACGCGGCAGCAUGAAGUCCAGUUGCAGAAGCACCUCAAGCAGCAGCAGGAGAUGCUGGCCGCGAAGCGCCAACAAGAACUGGAGCAGCAGCGUAAGCGAGAACAGCAGCGGCAAGAGGAGCUGGAGAAGCAGCGUCUGGAGCAGCAGCUGCUCAUCUUGCGCAACAAGGAGAAAAGCAAAGAGAGUGCCAUUGCCAGCACUGAAGUGAAGCUGAAACUUCAGGAGUUCCUUCUCAGCAAGUCGAAAGAGCCUACUGCAUUGUGCGGCUUGAACCAUUCCCUCCCUCAGCACUCCAAAUGCUGGGGGGCUCACCAUACCUCAUUGGACCAGAGUUCCCCUCCCCAGACAGGAAGUCCGGGAACGCCACCCUCUUGCAAGCUACCUUUACUUGGCACUUACGACAGCAGAGAUGACUUUCCGCUUAGGAAAACAGCGUCAGAACCCAACUUAAAAGUGAGGUCACGGUUAAAACAGAAGGUCGCCGAGAGGCGGAGCAGCCCCUUGCUGCGCAGAAAAGAUGGGACCGUCAUCAGCACCUUCAAAAAGCGAGCAAUUGAAAUCACAGUGUCUUCAAUGUGCAACAGUGCCCCUGGGUCUGGCCCUAGUUCCCCAAACAACUCCAACAGCGCCAUUACAGAAAACGGGCUCACGGGCUCUGUGCCCAAUAUCCACACUGAGCAGAUGCUGCCCCAGCACCAAGCUGUCACAAUGGACGGAUCAGCUAGCCAGCUCAGUCUAUACACUUCUCCAUCCCUGCCCAAUAUCUCCCUAGGACUACAGGCCACCGUCACGGUGACAAAUUCGCACCUCAACGCCUCCCCUCCCCUUUCCACGCAGCAGGAAGCAGAGCGCCAGGCCAUCCAGUCGUUGCGCCAGGGGGGCGCCUUGACCAGCAAGUUCCUGAGCAUGUCGUCCAUCCCCAGUUGCCUUCUCGGCGUGGCCCUCGAGGGCGAGACCAACAACCACGGACACGCUUCGUUGCUGCAGCACGUCCUGCUCUUGGAGCAGGCCCGCCAGCAGAACACACUAAUCGCGGUUCCUUUGCACGGCCAGUCCCCUCUGGUGACGGGGGAGCGCAUCCCCUCCAACCUACGGACAGUAAGUAAGCUGCCUCGGCACCGCCCGUUGAGCCGUACCCAGUCGUCGCCGUUGCCCCAGAGCCCUCAAGCACUACAACACCUGGUUGUGCAGCAACAGCAUCAGCACUUCCUGGAGAAACAGAAGCAGCAGCAGAUUCAGCUGGGAAAGAUUAUUACCAAGACUGGUGAGCUGCCACGGCCGCCCACCACACACCCUGAGGAGACAGAGGAGGAGCUGACAGAGCAACAGGAACCUCUGGUUCUCAGCUUGGGCCAGGGCCCUUUCGUGCUGGACAGGUCGACGGAAAGCGAAGAAACGCAGGGCGACCUGGAGGAGGAGAAAGAGGAGGAGGAGGAUGAAGAGGAGCAGUUGGUGGAAGAGCCAGGCUGUCUCCGAGUCAAGGAUGAAGCUGGAGAGAGCGGGUUGGAAGAAGAGCCAGAAGUUGAGGAGUUGGGAGUGACUUACAGGCAGGUGUUCGCAGAUGCGCAUCAGCUAAGACACCUCCAUCUCUAUCAGACGCCUCUGAGCAUCAACACUUUGCCUCACCAAGCCCUGAUCCGCACCCAGUCCUCGCCUGCCAGCACCACCUUGAAAAGCAGUACAGCGGAACCUGUGAUCAAGCACCUUUUCAGUACAGGCGUCGUUUACGACACGUUCAUGCUGAAGCACCAGUGCACCUGCGGAAACACUAAUGUUCACCCAGAGCAUGCUGGGAGAAUCCAGAGUAUCUGGUCCAGGUUGCAAGAGACAGGGUUGCUGAGCAAAUGUGAGAGGAUCCGGGGCCGGAAAGCGACACUGGACGAAAUCCAGACAGUCCACUCGGAGCAUCACACAUUACUCUACGGAACCAGCCCCUUGAACCGGCAAAAACUUGACAGCAAGAAAUUGCUAGGGCCCCUUACGCAGAAGAUGUAUGCCGUCCUUCCGUGUGGCGGUAUUGGGGUGGACAGCGACACGGUGUGGAAUGAAAUGCACUCCUCCAGUGCGGUCCGCAUGGCCGUCGGCUGCUUGCUGGAGCUGGCCUUCAAAGUCGCAUCCGGGGAGCUUAAGGCUCAGUUGAAUUGGCCUGUUGGGAGAAUAACAAAGCGCCGGUCAGUAAGUGUGAGGAUUCCUGACGUGGCCAGAAUCUUCCUCGUCCACGUAGCAAACUGCUGCAGCUUCAGUGCUAUUGUGACUCCUCCUAAAAGAAGUCAUUUGUGCCCUGGCAGGACUGUGGUGAUGCCGAUAGCCAACGAGUUCUCCCCGGACGUGGUCCUCAUUUCUGCCGGCUUCGAUGCUGUGGAAGGGCACCUGUCCCCUCUGGGUGGAUAUUCUGUCACAGCCAAAUGUUUUGGACACCUGACCAAGGAGCUGAUGAAACUGGCAGGCGGGCGCGUUGUCCUAGCGCUGGAGGGAGGCCACGACUUGACCGCCAUCUGUGACGCCUCCGAAGCCUGUCUCUCCGCUUUGCUUGGCCUUGAGCUGGAGCCGUUGGAUGAAGCUCUGUUGCACCAGAAGCCCAGCGCAAACGCUGUGGCCACGCUGGAGAAAGUCAUCGAAAUCCAGAGCAAGCACUGGAGCUCCAUGAAACAUUCGGCAGCAGUCAUUGGUUGUUCCUUGCUGGAGGCGCAGAAGGGCGAGGCAGAAGAGGCAGAGACGGUCAGCGCCAUGGCAUCGCUGUCGGUGGACACAGAACAGGGGAAAGCAGACUGCACUGUCCGACAAACAGACGAGCCAAUGGAGGCCGAUCCCGUGUUGUGAAGUGCCAAGACUUCGAUUUGUAUAGCUGUCACUCUGUGGGUUAUAAUUGGUCAUUUGUGAUUUCGUUUAAAAACAACCAGAAGAAGAAAACGAAUUAAUUUUUUUAUCUAUUAAAAAAAAAUGAGAAAAAACAACAACGUUGCACUGGACAACAUGAGCCCAUGUGUGCGUGAUCGCGUCUGUCUCCUGGCAUUUAUUCUCACCAGCAUCACCAUAUUGUCCUAACUCUUGGGGGAUUUGUGAGUGGAAUGUGAAGGGGGAGGCUUUCACGUGGGUAUUGCCACUGGCGUAUCUUGGGGGGGUACAGGGUGGGUCUGAGCCCAGGCACCACUUUUUUUUGGGGGGGGCACAUUUGAACCCCCACCCCCACUGUGCCCUGGUCCGGAACUCCCCCCAGAGUUCGGGGCUGGGUUGCAGUUGAGGGCCAGUGAGCCAAGCUCACCCCACCCACGAUCUCCAUGUGGGGGUUAUGGGCGUGGCCAUCCGGGCUCAUCCCCAUCUCCAUGUGGAGAUUGGGUGGGGCCAGACCCACACUCAACCUCCAUGUGGAGAUUGCAGGUGGGGCGAGCCCAGCUCUCCAACCUUCAACUGCUCCUCGUACCCGUCGGGGGGCAGGGGGCGGCUGUGGGUGGGUGGGAGCAUGGCACCUGGGUUAGCCCCAGACUCCAUUUUAACUAGAUACGCCCCUGGGUCUCUCCUCCGUUAUUCCUUUCCCAGUCAUCCUUCUUUCUCCCCACCCACCUCACUCCUGGGUUGCCCGCGGUGAAAAUUAAUUUUGCCAUAACUACACCUGCGCACUCCUACACCCCAUCAGCUUGUAGGCAGGGGACAGCUGUGUUUCCUCUGCAGAAUUAGAUCCGUGCUCCAUACAACUGAAUGGGCGCUUUUGUGAUUUUCUUUCACUUGUACGGCUGCGCAGGAAAACCGAUGGCGGUCAGGAGAACUGGAGUGGGGGGGCAAGCACGGAUGGAGACGGCAUCAGGUGCUACGGUACCUUCAGUCCCGUUUCCCCAAGGGCAGAAAAGGGAACUUCGUUUCUGCUCAGAUUUGUCUGAUCCUCUUGAAGCCCCUGGAAUAUUUGCAGCCCUGGAGAGCUGCCGCCUGGAUCGCCCCCUUGGGCUGAGUCCGCCGUGCUCCUCGUUGACGACUCUUGUUGUCGAAAUGCCCUUUGCCCUCUACUUGGGUUCUUUGCACGUUGCAACGGGGCCGAAGGCAAACCCACAGAUGCGUUGUCAAAUAUCUUUUCUCCACCUUCCCCGAUCCCGAUGGCCUUUCCUUCUCCCCCCAACCUCCCCCCCAAAAGACCCCAAAUUCUCAGCUGUAAUCUGAACGUUGUUGCCUAAAUCUGUCUUUCUCCUGAUCCCUUUAGCUAUAAAGUGUCCCUCAGGGUGUACAAUUCUACAUGACUUUCUAGCAGGAGCCCCCAAGGUGAGGAGAAAGGAAAAAUGUGUGCCUUUAAUUCAUUUUUGUUAAUGCCUUAAUUUCCCUGUGAGUUCACUACUUCUCCACACACCCCGUACCUUCCCCCCUUUCUUAGUUACCUUUCUCUAAGGGAGACCCCCCUUUCUAAUGAUGGAAAAGAAUCACACGUAAUCCCCCACCCCCGGCACCAAUGCACAUUGGCCCCGAUCCGGCUCUAGUCGUACGUAACCGAUCUGUUAACCUGUGACUAGUUGCACAUAAGACGUUCUUCCCAUUCAAAGCAAUGCCAUGCCAAUAGACCACAUCCAAUUUACGUCUGCAGUUCCCAAUCCAGCAAGUGAAUCGUGCGUGAGCAAAACUUGUUUAUGAGAAUGGGUCUCCUUAGCUGGAUAAGGGGCGUGUGUACUUAACACCCCUUUUGUAAUUAAGACUGUGCUUCUGUUGACUGUUUCAUGACCAAUGCUUUUUCUGGAAAUCCUCUUUCUCUCGCGCUCUCUUCUUCUGUUGUCACUGUCCGAAAGGCGCCUCUUCACUUAACUGUAAAUAAUUUGAUUUCUUGUAUCACGUGCACAAACUUUGUUUUAAUGAAACUUUUGUCCAUUCAUAAAGAAAGAGAAAAAAAAAGAAAAAGGAGAUAAUUCUUUUUGCUGUUACGACUUCACCAGCCAAAAAACAAAAACAAAACACAAACGUGUAGAGCGAUUGUAGCUUUUAAAAAAAAGAAAUGGAUAUAAAGAUAAAAAAGGUAUAUAAUUUUA